AUGACGCGAUUCAUCGCUUUGGGACUGGCGCUGCUUCUGGCAGUCACGCUCGACAUGGCGCAAACCACAGCUGCCAUCGACACCUCGGGAUUUGCGCUCAAGCUCGAGUACGACACAAGUCGCAUGACCAUCUCCAGUUCCCGAGUGACAAACUGGAAGUUUCAGAAUACGGACGACCAAAGUGCUGUGAGCUAUGGUGGAGCUAGUAAUUCGAUCGCGCCGCUUGAUACAGGAGCGGCAGUGUCGUUUCUCAAAGUCGGCACCACUCCCGGCUACUGGGCACGCAUGUCAAUAGCGAGCACCGCCGUCUUUGGUCUCAACUACAACACUGGGUUCCACUUGCAUGCCAAAGUCACGUUCGAUGUGACAAAAAUUCCCAAAGAUUCCGCCAGCAUGGCAACCAUCAUCGGCCGCUCGUUCUUCUCGACAGCGACCGGCAACUCAAACCAAUUGCAGAGCAAUUUUCUGUUUGGCCUACAAGCAAAAAGCGAUCAAACAGCCUUUCGCGUUUGCAUUCAUUUUGGAACAUCGACCAUCGCCUCCACCUCCGCGACCCCCUUCUACUGCUCAGCCUACUAUUCGGCCACAUCCUCGAGCACCACACCAGUCGCUGUGUCCGCAAGAGCCAGCGUCAAUGGCGGCAUUCAAUUUUAUGUCAACGGUCAGUCCAGCACUGGCACGGCACCGGCGAGUGGGACGUUCGCGCCUGUUACGAAUUCAAACAUACUGGUUUUGAUGGGAAUGGUGAAUGCGGGCUCGUUUGCUCCGUCAUCCACGGUUUGCCAAGCCAAUUCGUCUCCAGCAGGACCUGGCUGCGCUGUAGCUUCGUCUGAUGCGACGUUCCCGACAACCUUCAGCAGUGUUGGAGCGUAUCAAUUAUAUACACUCUGCAUUCGCUUCAACUGCGUCUCGUGCUUCCGUCUCAUCUGCUUCCGUUGCUUCAGCUGCAUUCGCUACGACUGCUUCCGUUGCUUCAGCUGCAUUCGCUACGACUGCGUCU